AUGGUCGCAACCUUCUCUCCUCACCGCGACACGGGGGGAACUCUCCACUUGUCAUCUCACUCGCCGUUGCACCACGUCGACGCCAGUUCAGCCAUCAGGCAGCUUCGUCGUUCUCUAUCGCGCUCCCCUUCUAAGAGCUCCAACUUUUUCCUCAACACCCGCUCUCAUUCCCCGACUAAGUCAACUACCUACAUUUCAUCCCCUUUAUCGCCAACCCGACGCUCUUCACAUAACAACUUUGUCCUCUUCCCCUCAACGGGACAGCAGCCAUCGCCGCUCGCGGGUCCACACCCAUCCAGCGCAAAGAUCACUAGACCGGUUAUUCGACGACGGACCUCACCUCGAAGUCCAGCCAAGACUGUUCUCGCUGUGUCUGCUGAUGGCGGCAACACGUCCCUCACUCCGCCAUCAUUGAAUGCGCCAGGUGAAGAGAAUGCGUUGCAGUUCGAAGAUCUGGCAGAGCCGAGUAAGACUGCAUCUUGCGCCACGACUCCAUUCAGUACAACACCUACUGUGUUUGUUCCUGAGCCACCAACGUUCUCGCAGUCAGCGCUUGCACCUCGCCCCACACUGUCGCGCAUCGAAAAGCGACGAAGCGGCACAUUUGGCUCCUUUGCCGCAGUAAGUCCGUUGAAACGAAGCGACGGCAUCAUGAACCUCGAUCAAGCGUCUCGAGGAAGUCCCUCGGCAAAACGUCGCAGCGUGCACGCCUCGGCAUUUUCAGGCGACUUUAACAUUUUCGACCAGCAAAGUGAAACUGCUCCUUCGAGUCCGUCGGGCCACGGCGAUGAUUCUAAAUCUUACUUCCCCACUCCCACACAGCCGCUGAACCCCUUUGCGACCAUCCCCAAGCGAUCUUCCUCUCUGCGUCGAUCCACCCUCCAGCAGCGCCAGAUUGAGCGUCCUCUAUUUGGUCGUCCGAAAGCCGCGGGUGACGCCGAGAAUCCAGUCACGACAACACCUCUGGCCGUUCGCCCUCGCCUUUCGUUUGAAACCGGUUUAUUUCAACAGUCCGAACAAGAAUCCUCUCAUCUCUUCUCGCCUCGCCAAGCUCCUGCCAGUCCUCUCUUUUCUUCUCAUACAUCUCACCCCGGCAACACGUCCACGUUUGGAGUAUCGCAACCGCCACGAACUACCGCACAUCCACUUUCGCGAACUAUCACUCAGUCUUCUUCUGGGUCAAGCGUCGAAGAUUCCCCUACUCACGAACCCAUCCACAAGCCGGAGCGUCCUCCGCGCACAAAUAUGAACUUCUCCAAGUCUUUGCCAGCUGGCGCUUCCCGGCCUGCGAUGGUCCGGCGGGUGACGCGGGAGGAGUCGACGACGUCGAGCGACUCAUUCGCCACACCAGAGAAUUACAAACUGGUCAAGCCUCUGCCAGCUGCGUUCAUGUCAACCGGUCUGAUCUCCAAGAAAAACCGAAAUGUGGACGAGGUCUCCGUGGGUCGCUUCCACAAGGCCAUGCCGGAUACCCCAUGCAAGCGUCCCAUUAACCUUUUCGCGGGGAGCACAGAUUCCCCUUUGCCAGAGGGCCUCUUUGGCAAGUCUCAGCUUGGCCGAAAUUCCGAGCUUGCUCCGGCCUCUCCUUUCAAUCCAGCUGCAUCUUCAUCUCGUCCAAAAGCCGGUCCUUUCGCGCGUGGCAUGGGCAUCUUUGGCAAUACUUUCACCCGCCCCGAGAUCUCGCGUCGCGGAAGUUGGGUUAGCGUGGAUGGGGAUGAUACCAGCCAGGCUCAAUCACCUUCGUCUCGUCUCGAUAAUCAACAACCCAUGACCGACUCUGACCUCCCUCCGACCCCCACGAAGCAGGCUUUCCUUCCCUCCCGCACCUAUCCCCCCGCCACAUCCCAAAUCGCGUCGCUCGAGCGUCUGUCGGAAUCACGAGGAAGCGGUACAUCGACACCCCUGCAUGACCGAUUCUUGCAAGCUUCCACAACACCUCGCACCCCACGCGACCAAGUCUUCCCUCCGGAUCCUAGCGGUCUUUCAAUCUCCGCGCCCAACGACCAACAACUUCUUCAGCCCGACUUUGGCAGCAGUCUCAAUCUUCCAGCUACACCAACUGGACCACGUGAGUCCUUGCUAUCGAGUAAGCGACCUAGUCUACAGCUCAGCGGUUACCAGGCUCCCGACGUAGACCCUAGCCUGACCUCGCGAUUCGCCAAAGUUGAGUUGGUCGGCACCGGAGAGUUUUCACAGGUGUUUCGUGUUGCUCAGCCUCACAAUGGUUCCUUCUCAUCCGUCUUCUCUCUGCCGGCUGAUGAUACCAUGUCCCCCAAGGAUCUGACCCAUCAGGUGUGGGCUGUCAAGAAAAGCAAGCAACCCUACUCAGGACUAAAGGACCGGGAGCGUCGACUCCGUGAAGUGGAUAUUCUGAGAGCUUUGGUGAACUCAGACCAUGUUGUCAAUUUCUUUGACAGCUGGGAGGAGAAGAACCAUCUCUACAUUCAGACUGAGUUCUGCGAGGAGGGUAGCCUGGAUGUUUUCCUGGCCCAGGCUGGUCUCAAGGCUCGUCUCGAUGAUUUUCGUAUUUGGAAGAUACUCCUUGAGCUUUCUCUGGGUCUCAAGCACAUUCAUGACAUGGGCUUCAUUCAUCUCGACUUGAAGCCCGCCAAUGUCCUGGUCACCUUUGAGGGUGUUCUGAAGAUCAGUGACUUUGGCAUGGCUACUCGAUGGCCCGCCGAAGCCGGUAUUGAGGCUGAGGGUGACCGCGAGUACAUCGGUCCAGAGAUCUUGAUGGGUCGAUACGAUAAGCCUGCCGAUAUCUUCUCUCUCGGUCUCAUCAUGUUCGAGAUUGCAGGAAAUGUGGAAUUGCCUGAUAAUGGGGUAUCUUGGCAGAAGCUUCGCAAUGGCGAUAUGAGUGAUGUGCCCAGUCUCACUUGGAGCUCGGACCCCAGCAUCCUCCGUGAUGCUACCGGGAACCCGAUCGUCGUAGAAGCCUCCUUUGAUGAUCUCUGCACGCCAGACCUUGGUGGCCUUGGCGGCGACUUCUUCUCCGGGCACAAGACGCCACCUAGAUCUUGGCAAUCUGCUCGAAGUGGAGAGCUCAUCCACCCUCCCGUCUACAUGAUAGAUGGUCGUCACGAGCAAGCUUUGGACAAGAUUGUCCGCUGGAUGAUUUCUCCCGCACCUGAAAAUCGUCCAACCGCUGACCAAAUUCUCCAAACCGAUGGUGUACAAUUCGUCAAUCGCCGUCGUCGUGCGGGUGCCACAGUCUUUGAGGGCAACUGGGGCCCUGCUGACGAUGUUUUGGCCGAGGAUGCUGAAAUGAUCGACGUGUAA